AUGUCAGCACCUGACGCACCUGUCUCAAGCGUCUCCUCCUUUCUCUUCUCUCUUUUCGCUCUCUCUCUACAUUACUCUCUCUCUCUCUCUCUCACUUCUCUCUUUUGUCUGACGACGGGCCACGACAGCAUCAAAGAGAGAGAGAGAGAGAGAGAGAGAGAGAGAGAGAGAGGGGUCUCGGGUGACGACAAGCGUUGGCUGCCUUUUGCGGCCUGCCUGCUGCCCGGAGGAGGAGAAGGGGGGAAGAGGUGUUUUGUUGCCAGUGUGCUGCGGCGUGAUUUGAUUUGGUGGGGGAGGUUCAACUUUGUCACCAUGGCCAAGCGAUCAACCGCUUCCGAUUACCAUGUGCCCGCCACUUCGAGCAACUACUUUGAUCCCGGGGCACCGCUCGCCAAGCUGCCCAAACCCGGCGACCACUCCAUGUACCAAGACCCAUCAAUGUAUGCGCCACCAACUAUGACUGGUGUUUCUGCCGUCGAUACGCUUGAUUUUGCCUCGAAUAACCCCAUCGUGAGCCAGGCUCUCCCAUCAUUGGCGGAUGGAAACUUUGCAUCCCUUCUAGACCGAGGAGAUGUUUCCGGGUACCCUCCCACAUUGGCCUCUCAAAUGAGCAUGGGCACUUCUGCCUCGGCCCAGAUGUACUCGGACUUGCCGCCGACCUCAGACACCUCUUACAACAUGGCUACCACCACCAUGUCCCAUGUUACAAGCAUGCAGUCCAUGGCUUCAAGCAUGCCCCAUGUUUCAAGCAUGCAGUCCAUGGCUUCAAGCAUGCCCCAUGUUUCAAGCAUGCAGUCCGUGGCUUCAAGCAUGCAGCCCAUGGUCUCAAGCAUGCAGCCCAUGGUCUCGAGCAUGCAACACGUGGCCUCAAACAUGCAGCCCAUGGUCUCAAACAUGCAACCCCUGGUCUCAGACAUAUCUUCAACCAUAAGCACCAUGCCUCACUAUUCACAAGCAGCAUCCGUGUCUCAAGCGGCUUAUUUCGGCAACACGGACCUGACUACCCAUGGCCAAGACGAUAUUUCUCAGCCCUCCGCUACCCCUGGAUCCUCAAACGUGGUUGACAUUAAGAGCUGCGUUAAGGCGUACCUUGAAUCGACACACACGGGCGCACAAGAUAUGAAGUUGACCAUCCUCCAUCCCCGUGUGGUUCAAAAGAGCUAUGGCAACGAGAAGCGCUACUUUUGCCCGCCACCGCAGAUCCACCUGUCGGGGCGAAACUGGAACCAUCCGCAGCUAGGUGAACCACGUGUUUUUGUCAGCAUGCACCUCAACUACGAGCACACCCACCAAACUGAAAUUCCGCUCUCAAGAUUGGCGGACAGCGAGUUUCACGGCACAGCGAGUCAGCUCUUUAUUCCUGACACUGACAAGCGGAAGAGCUUUUGCCUACAGCUCAAGGUGUUUUUUCAGAAUGACGAGUCGAACGAGGUGCGCGACGUGGGCACCUUCCCCUCCAAGCCGUUGCGCGUCAUCUCCAAACCGAGUAAGAAGAAGCAGAGCAACAAGUCGCAUUCGGACAUGUAUAUGGAGAGCGGCUGUGAAGCCCUCUUCUUUCAUCGCUCGCGCAGUACCAACGCGGCCACAUACUAUUUUCGCCUCAAUGAGGAGGGCCAGCCGGAUUGCUCGGACGAAGGCUGGCACGCGCUCAAGCUUGUGAACGAUCAUACCAAUGUGCGUGAGACCAAGCUAGACCGUUUUCUUCCCGCACCACAUUUGCCUGUGCCCAACCCCCCUCCUCCCUCUCUUCUCGCACCUUUGACACUCACUUGUACCUCCCAACACAACGAAGCCAACCUUGCCUCGCGCAACGACCGCUACAUUGUCUACGAUCGCCAAGUUCGAAUGAAGUGCGCACAAACAAACAAGGAAAUGGUUUGCACCAUUCACCGCUGUGAUCGCAACGCAGUGGUGCCUGUGGACAACGAGUGUGUCUCCCAACUUCAGAAGGUGGCCAUUAGCCGAGUCAAUCCUGAGACAAAGGAAACCGAGUACCUCAAGUUUCAAUCGAGCAAUGGCUCAGCCUCGGUGUUUUUUGAGCGUGCCCGCAGUAAGGCGGACAAGGGGAGCGGUGUCCAGCUCUCCGAGCAAUCCAUCUGGACGGUUUGCACGGGAGCUCGCCUCGAGUACAGCUUCUUUGAUCACACCAUUGAUCGAUUUGUUCAACACAUUGAAGGCGAAAUGGUCAAGCCCAUCACGCCCGUGCCUCUGGUCGAUGAGGUCAAGUCCUUGGGACCAAUGGUAGAGCUCUAUGGCGAGCAUUUCAGCACCAUGUUGACGGUUUUCUUUGGCCCGGCACCUGCUUGCACGUACUACCGGUGCGAGGAGCUGCUCUUCUGCAAGCCGCCUUCGUAUGCCGAGGCCGUCGAGUCAUCUGAGGCUGUCUGUACUGCCAGCUACACCGUGCCACUAUUGCUGGUGCGCAAUGACGGCGUGAUUUACAACACGUUCAAGACGUACAAAUAUCAGCCUCAACCUAACGGCAGCAUGCGGGCGGCAUCAAAUGCUAGUGAGAGCACUUUCUCUCUCUCUCUCUCUCUCAAACUCUCAAACUCUCUCAAACUCUCGCUCAAACUCUCUCUCUCUCUCAAACUCUCUCUCUCUCUCUCAAACUCUCUCUCUCAAACUCUCUCUCUCUCUAUCCGUCUCUCUCUCUCAAACUCUCUCAAACUCUCUCUCUCUCUGUUUCGUUGGCGAGAGUCGCAGUGUUGUUUGCGCCUCUACGAUAAAAGCCGCUUCUGCCUCGCAGUUUCAGCUGUGCUGAACGACACGAACUUUGAUGAGAUUGAACGUGUCUACAUCAAAUCCCUCGAGAGCCGGUUUGACUACACGUGUACACGCAAGAACAACAUGUACUGCGCUGGAGUGUAUAGCGAAGAGCGCUUUUAUAGCCUGCUGCCCCGUGUUCAAAAUCUAUCCCUGAGCGUUGCAGCGCGCGAGUCCCUGCUGGGCAAUAUGUGCACCCCCUGUGCCUACAAAUUUCUCAGCCUCAUGGCAGCAGAGAGCGAGUUACCCACUGAGUACAUGCACCUUGAGGCCCUGUGUGUGCGCGAUGAAGAGCGUUUUUGCUACCCACGCCUUGCGAAUGUUCUAGCCCUCAGCGAUGAAAACACCUCUCUGGCCCGUUUUGGCCAGGCGCUUUGCCACGAAACUGAGAUGGGACGUUGCGCCAGCAAGAUGCUAGUGCGCCAACAACUAUACCCAGCCGCCGUUGCAUUCUCCAUGCCCGUGCCCGACAAGGACCUUGUCUAUCAAGAGCAGGCUUGCAUUAGGUCUACCGACCAAGAGCUAUGCUCGAAAGUUGCAGAGGAUGUGGCGGGGCUCAUGACGGUCGGGCUUCAAGCUACAGGCACCAACACGGGCCCAGACAUGUGUGACCGUGUGCCUGCAGAUGACCGUUGUACCUGGGGUUGCCAGCGCCGAUGGACCCCGGUUCGCAACGAAUAUGGUUGCUGCUACGCGACAUAUCGGCAGUUUGCUCAUGACCUCGGUGCCUCCUCAUCUGACUUGGCCACAACGUUUGGGCACUUGGAUGAGGUGGCUGCAAAGUGCAAUCGCAGCUUUGUUGAUGCGUGCCCCGCCAUCGCUAAAUCCACCGCUCAGCAACUCAGCUUGGUUUUGACCGACAUUGACGCUGAUUACGCCCGCCACAAUAAAAGCGUCAUUCUCAAGGCUGUAGGACCCGACGUGCAGCGCAUUCUUGGACUGUCGGCUGAUGCGUUCAACAUUACCGAUUUGACCACGCUAGAUGGUGUGGCGACGCUGAUCAUCACGGUGUACGGAGACCAUGCAGCCACAGUGACGCAGCUGGAGGCAGCACUGCAGGCAGACAUAACCAACAAUGCAGUCAUCUUCAUGAACCUUCAAAAGGUGUACGAAAGCGCCAAAAGGCAGCGGGGGAGACAGCCAUGUGGAUUGGCCAUGGAAGCUGAGUCCGAAGUUCGUGCGCGGCUGGAGCGUGCCAAUGCGCCCUGUAUUGCAUUGCUCAAGCCCAAACGAGAGAACCAGCAGGGUCAGUACAUGAGCCUAGACUCACCAGAUGUCGUCAAGGCAGAGCCGCAACGUGGCUUGUACCCGUGCCUUGACGACAGCAAGAUUCAGGCGUUGAUAUCAGGCACACCCUGUGACUGUCCUGGAUUCCAACUGAAGGCUUCGCCCGCUGACUUGCGCUGGCCCCUCAUUGUCAAGUGCAUUUGUGCUAGGCUGCAACAACUACAAUGCAGCCACUGUCAACACGACCUGAGCGCACAUCCAGGCUCAGACGAUGUGCAAGAUGAGACGGCGGUGCAGCUACGCCGCCUGCGAGCUUUCUACAUGCCAACGGGCCAUGCACGUGUCAACCUCUCGCCUGCCGAUGCCAUCGUUUCCCUGCGUGCGCACCCCGACCCGGCUGGUCAGCAAGUCAGCCUUUGCGUGUUUGAUGGGGGCAUCAAAACUCUCACCCGAUACACCCAUGCAUUCAAGGCCGGCUCAACGGUGUCCAAUCUGACUGACGCAGAUGGCCGGUCCAAAGGGCGACCGGUAAUCCCGGCUUCAUCCGCCCCGAGUGUGACUCAGCUAAAAUCAGAAGGCUCAACGCUGCCCCCAGCCAGUGUGGACUUAUCCGUGCCCACAUCAACACCAAAGACCGUUCGUGAUCCGCUGGCCGUAUCAACCAAAAAGCCUCGACAGCUGACGCUGUUUGGCACGCGAGCUACGAAAGCGUGUCCUUUGCCUUCCGUCACCAAUGAUGCAACAGCAACGGGCGCUGAUCCUGAACCUGAAACCAAGAAGCUGCCGGACUUGCCAUCAGACCCUGUUGCUCCUCACCAACGGAUCGAUGCCAUGUUCAAACGGACCUCUGAAACGGCCAGUGGUGGGAGGAAUGCGUCAAAGACCAAGACCAAGCGUUCCAAAGUGACGCCAACACCAAACAUUACUGCACCCACUGAUUCAAAGCCAGGCGCAAUUUGUUUCGCCGUCGAGCUGCCCAAGACUAAGCCACCGCCCCCAACUGCUCCCCCUCCCCCCAUGUUGUCCACGACUUCUUCAAGCACGCAUACCAAUCAAGAAAACGUGCCCUCGGGCACAGGUCUUCAAUUACGAGGAUCCAAGCCAAGCGUCAAGCCACCCCCUCCGGCGAUGCAAUCUCCCCCACCAGCGCCGCCCAAGAGUACACAGCAAACGCUGCUGAAUUUUGGCCGACCAAGCGUGAAGAGCAAGCCAAAGAAUGAGGCGCACCGCAAUGCAGUGACAUGCCCCUCCUCUCAGUCUUUGGCCGAAGAGCUGGUGCAGUCGAAAAACAGUUGCACGUUUUCAUUCUCGCGGCGAGCAAGCAAGACGUUGCGAUUUCUUGCCGCCCCCGAUGGUGCUUGCUUUAGCUGGCGGGCCACAUCUAAUGAUCUUGUGCGGCUGGGCGCUAACGGUGAUGGCAAUAUCUUUGUGACUGGAAACACUGAACUGCCCGACACCAUCAUCGAUGUAACUUUUGGUGGCGCAGCCCUGAGCCUAUUAUUGGUUUUGACCGCACGCGGCAACAUCGAAGCUGCCGUCAUUCCGCCCCAUCCACACAGUGACGUAGAGCGGCAGUCACUCGCCGUCGUUCCUGGUAUCGCCACGCCCACUCUCACAGCGAACGAGGACUGGUUGGCUGUGGGAACCUUUGAGGAUGGUCCGGUUCAACGUUUGAAGCCCCACUACUUUUUCAGCUCCACAUCUCAGUGA